AUGUCAUCUAGAGCUCAAAGAAAUACUUAUUAUGGUGGGUACACUGAUAAUUUAGAUAACCAAGCCCUUGCUAGUUCUUCUUAUGGUACUAAGCGGAAACAUGUCACAUUUGGCCCUUACUAUGUUGGCUCCACUUUAGGAGAAGGUGAAUUUGGGAAAGUAAAACUAGGAUGGACUAAAACAACAUCAAAAUUGGAGAUGCCAAAGCAAGUUGCAAUUAAAUUGAUUAGAAGAGAUGCAAUUUUAAAUUAUUCAGAGAAAGAAACUAAGAUAUAUAGAGAAAUUAACGCUUUAAAACAUCUGACACAUCCUAAUAUUGUCAAAUUAGAGGAGGUCUUACAAAAUUCAAAGUAUAUCGGCAUUGUGUUAGAGUUUGCCUCUGGUGGUGAGUUUUAUAAAUAUAUACAGAAAAAGAGAAGAUUGAAAGAAACACCUGCAUGCAGAUUGUUUGCACAGCUAGUAAGUGGAGUUCAUUAUAUGCAUUCUAAAGGAUUAGUUCAUAGGGAUCUGAAGCUUGAAAAUUUACUUUUGGAUAAACAUGAAAAUUUAAUAAUAACAGAUUUUGGAUUCGUUAACGAAUUUUCACAACGGAACGAAUUAAUGAAAACAUCAUGUGGAUCUCCAUGUUAUGCUGCCCCAGAAUUGGUGGUUACAACUGAACCUUACGAGGCAAGAAAAGCAGAUGUGUGGUCAUGUGGUAUCAUAUUAUAUGCAAUGCUUGCAGGCUAUUUACCAUGGGACGAUGAUCCGCAGAACCCAGAUGGUGAUGAUAUUGCCAAACUUUAUUUAUAUAUCACUAAAACAGCAUUGAAAUUUCCAGAGUAUAUUAACCCAAUACAGAGAGAUUUAUUAAGAAAGAUUCUUGUAUCUGAUCCAACGAAAAGAUUGAAUAUCAGAAAUAUAGAAAAGCAUGAAUGGUUAAUACCACAUACCCAAUUUUUAUCUGUUUCACCUGAAGAGUGGGAUACCAUGGAAAUUAAGGCAGAUAGGAAUAUUCAAUUACGUAGUUCCUCUGCUUCCUCAUCAGCAACUAAAAGAUAUACCAUGAGCCAUAUGCCCACUUCUGCUGAUUCUAUUAGAACUGGUGAUAAAUAUUCUAUAUCAACUACUUCAAGGACUGAAAAACAUAAUUCACUUGUAAUAGAUUCAAGUAGAUAUUCAUUACCUGCCCCUGCACAGGAAUCGGCAUCAAAUAUCAUGUCCAAUCAAUUUUCGGCUGAGAAAGAGCAAUUGAAAGCCUCUGAUAAGAUCAAACCCAGAACUAGUGAAAUACAGGAGCAUACCAGAACCAAUUCUGCUGCAUCUGUAGCAUUACAAGCUGUGGUAGCAGCCGAUAUUAAUAAUAUUAAACCGGUGGAAAAUUUUGAUAAUAUAACACAAACUACAUCUUAUAAUCUAACACGUCCACAUUCUGCAUCAAAUAGCAUAACUAAGAAGAAUAGUUCCUCAUCUUAUUCAACAUUUAAUAAAUAUGGAACUAUAAUGGAAGAUAGCUCUGAGAAGGGUUCAGAAAAAUCAACAGGUUAUGUACAUUCGAAUAAAAAUUCUCAUCUAAGGUCUGACCAUAAAAAACCUAGGCCAACUUCAUAUCAUCCUGGUUCCUCAUCUGCAGGUUAUACAGAUUUCUUAGCAACAUAUAAUGUUAACAAACGUGAUAGUAAUAAUGAAGGUAAAAAAUCUGCUGUCUAUGACUCUGUUCCUUCCCUGGUUCUUAAUGAGUUAUCUGAAGAAAGUCUGAUAAUAAAUAAAACUGAAAAGUUCACAAAUCACGACCAAAAUUUGCCUUCUAACGAGAACAAAUAUCCAUUAGGAAGUCAAGGCACUUCAAAUACUAUUAGCUCGGCCGUACAUGAGAAUACUAGCUCCAUUUCGGAUAACUUUAAGAAAUUAUCCUUACAUAGUGAUUCAGCUUCCACUCAGAAGCCAAUUGAUGUCGACAAUUCUGCUAAUAAAAAAAGAUUUAGCUUUUUAUCUUUAUCAUCAUUCGGUUCAUCGAAUAGGAAUUUAAGCUCGGAACUAGUUGCAAUUAACCAAACUAAACCAGAUGCAUCUAAAACUUCACUAUCUUCUCAGAACGUUACAGCUUCGCAUAAAAAUAUUCAACAAGGACGUGAUGCGUCACAUGUAUCGGUUCCUGGCGUUAGACCAAACAGGAUCAAUUAUGAAGCGAGCAAGAGAUUUUCGAGCAUUAAUACAAACACCAGAAAUACACCUAAUUCAAACAGAUCUAAACGAGCAUCAGUAAUGGUUGCAAAUGUUUCUGGGAUAAGAAUGGAUGAUAACCCCUUAAAUAGUAAGGAUCACAAAAUUAAUGAAAACUCUAAUAAUAACUCAACAGCAAGAGAGCCACAUCAAAACGGUCAGUCUACUGCCAAAAGAGUGAUUGAUUUUUUUAAAAGAAGAAGCAUGAGAACAUGA